CAGUGGUGGGUUGAUCACCAAAAUGAGUAUCCCAAGCUGAGCAGGAUGGCCUUGGACCUCCUGGCGUGCCCGGCCAUGUCCUCUGACUGUGAAAGGACGUUCUCAUCAGCUGGCAGAACGAUUGACAAACUUCGCUCACGCAUCACUGAGGACACCGCGGAGGCCACUGAGUGCCUCCGCAGCUGGAUGGGCAGCGGGUGGGUGGACACUGAACAGUGGUUAAUACGGGAGGACGUGCUGAGAGACGACGACAUGGAUAUGAGCGACUACUAA